AUGGCUAGCUGGAAUCCAGAGUGUGCUAGGAACGUUUAUUCAGAAGAUGUUUCAGGACGUGACUACGAAUACCGGCCAGGCCUGAAGUUGGGACUGCAGUUUCAGAAAAAAAACACCCCCACCACUCCUGUCCCAAACCACCAACACAUCAACUGCAGCUACCAGCAGCUGUCGCCUGAGGAACGCCGCCUGCUGGACUCCAUCGCUUGGCCUGAAACCCCUCGCUUCCCUGUGCCCAUAUCCCUGAAGACGACCUCUGACCCCGCCCACAGCACCUUCACAAUCCUGCCGGUGAAGGCAGGAGGUCAGUGGCAUGUAGGCGAUGAGCUGGAGGCUCUGAUCCAAAUUGGUGACUUCCAGGGUCGACCAAAACAGUUCGGGGGAGAUUUCCUGGUUGCUCGCCUGCAUGACCCGGAGCUACUUGCAGGUGUGGCAGGGCGAGUGGUGGACCACCUGAACGGCUCCUACACCGCUGUGUUUCCAUUACUCUGGGAGGGACGAGCACAAGUUGAGGUGAUACUGGUUCACCCCAGUGAGGCCAUCACGGUGCUGCACAGGCUGAACAGGGAACACCCGGGCCGAAUUGCAUUCAAGAGCCUCUUCCGCUCCGGCUCUGUCUCUGAAACUACGGUUUGUAAUGUCUGCCUGCCUCCUGACCAGCCACUGUGCAACUACACCGACCUCCACACGGGGGAGCCAUGGUUCUGCUACAAGCCAAGAAAUCUGGGCUGCAAUACCAGGAUCAACCACUUCAGAGGAGAUAUCAAAGGAGCCCUCAUGGCCAAAGAGGACACCCUCUUUCUAAGAGGGGUCAACAUGAAAGUCUUCAUUCGUGCAUCACGGUCUAACAUCACUGUGCUGCCAAAGGAGCAAGACCUCAAGGGGUUUAACCUGCACAGCACAAAGCAAUGUGGACCGUUCAUCGCUGUGGACAUAGCACAAAACAUUAUGGUGAAGUUUCGCUGCCACGCUCCUCCAAUUCGCUCCUACACCGUCUCAUCCUUCGAUCUACGCUACAUCGCCAAUGAGCUGGAUAGCAUGGCUGGAGGCUCCAACACUGUCGUGGUUUUCAGCAUCUGGGCUCACUUUGGCACUUAUCCCGUCGAGGUGUACAUGCAGCGACUUCAGAGCAUCCGCAGGGCGGUGCUGCAGCUGCUGGACAGAGCUCCUGACACGCUGGUGGUCAUCCGGACAGGAAACCUCAAGUCCUUGAAUCUUGCCGUGGCGCUGAGCAACAGCGACUGGUACUCCCUGCAGCGGGACAGGGUGCUCCGGGCCAUGUUCAAAGGGCUAAAAGUUCGCCUGGUGGACGCCUGGGAUAUGGUCCUGGCCCACCAUUUGCCGCAUGACCUUCACCCACCGCCCCCCAUUAUCAAGAACAUGAUAGACGUCCUCUUGUCCUACAUAUGCCCACCAAAAAAAUGACUUGUUG